AUGGGCGGAUUGCGGAAUCAGUGGAAAGCGCGACAAGGAUGGAAAGAUUUGGUGUUCAAUGGAGCAUCCAAAGGCAAUGGAACGAGGGGAGACGAUAUGUUUAAAGGGAAACAGGUUAGCCAUGCUGAUUUUAUUCUUCUUUUAGAUUACGACACACCCGUGCAAGGCGGUAUGGGUAUUGCUUUUCGUCUAACAGAAGAACACAUAAAUCCAAAUAGUUUCGCUAAAAUGAAUGUUAGGUUGAUGGCACAGAUCUUCUCGCAUUCCAUUGCAAAAACUUUUGAAUUUUAUCGCUUGAAAAAUUCUGACACAAGUGAACCUUUCAAACAAACAGAAACUACUCAAUUGAUGUGCCAGAUGCUUAAUGAAGCGUUUGAUGUUUUAAACAGAAGGAAAUACCAAGAUAGAAUAACCAUCUACAAUUGGGACAAGAAACUUUUGCUCGAUCUCCUUCACACGAUAAAUGAAACAAAAGAACAUUCCUUUGAGUCUAAAUCGAAUGGGCGUCCUUUCCUUUCCGAUGCCAGUUUAAUGUCCAUGCGAAUAACAAUAACCAGUGCAAUUGAGCUAAUUGGAUUUCUACUAAAGACAUGCAAAUAUACUUUCGUCCUCAGUGGAAAAUUCUACCAAGACUGUCAAUUCUACCAACGAUUUUCUGGUAUUGUCAGAUCCUGUGGAGGGGGGCAGGAUGCCUCCACUGCUAGUACUUCUCUGCGGAUUUAUUGGAUGCUUUCAAUUUAUUUUCCUGUAAAGAAUGCUCUCCGUAUUGACGGCAACAUCGACGAGGAAGAGAGAAUGCAUAUCCUGACAAGUAACAAAGAUUGUAUGCUCAAAAGUUUUAAAGAGAACGUAGACAAAUAA